AUGAGACAGUCUCAACAAGAAAGAAGAAUAGCUGUUCAGUUAUUACAAACACGACAUGAAAAAGAAGUAAUUCGUCGUAAUAGAAUACUUCGUGAAAAACAGUAUGAAGAAAGAAGAAGAAAAGAUUUUGAAGAUGCUCUUAAUAAAGAAGCUGAAAUGGCACGUUUAAGUAGAGAAGAAUACGAAGAACAAAUUAAAAAAGAUAAAGAAUUACAUGACAGAAUAGCAGCAGAAAGAGCUGAAGCCAAAUAUAAGAAACAUUAUGAUAUGUGUUCAGAAGUUGUUGAUCAGAUUGUUGAUUUUACAUGUAAAGUAGCAGAAUAUAGAGAAUUAACCAACAAUUUACUGCCACCUAAGUUAAUGAGAGAAUGGACAGCUUUAUUUGUCGCUGGUAAACCAUUAUUUGAUAAACCUGUAGAAAGUUCUGAUCCUACACCAGAACAGAUAUUAGAAGAAGAAAGGCAACAGUUAUUGGAUGAAGGAGAUUUUAUGGAAUAUAAGAAUAUGAUUGGUGAGUGGCAGGCUAAAGAAGGAUUAGAUGUAGCGGGCCCACCUCGAGAUAAUCCUAUUGUUGGACAUAUUGUACAGAGAUUAUUUAAUAUAGUUCAUCCACCAUCACCACCACCCAGUCCUCCAGAAUUUCAACCAUUCCCGAUUAAAGCCUGUGUCCUAGGAAAAGUUUUUAGUGGUAAAACAUCAUGUGUACAGAAAUUAGCUGAAGAACACAGAUUACAAGUAUUAUGUGUUGAUGUAUUAGUUGAUCAGGCUGUUGAAGCUCACAAAGCAGGAGAAAUAAUAGAAAUCACUGAUGAAGAAGAUGAUGAAAGUAAAGCUGAAACUGUACAAGAUAUUAAUACCACACCUGUAGAUGUGGCACCUACACCAGUUGAGAUGGAACAAGGGACUGCACCAACAGAACAAAUUCCAACAACAGAACAGGUAUCUGACUCUACAGAACAGACACCAGCUGAUACCGAACAAACUCCAGCAACAGAUUCUGCUCUUACCCUUGAUUGUGGAAGGGAAGCUAAACCACCAUCCGUGUCUGCUUCACAAAAUAAUUCAAGAACCAGUUUAGCUAAGAAAUCUAGUAGUAGAUUGAGUAAUAAACCACAGGCAACAGACAGAGCUAAGCUAGGAAGUAAAGUAUUUAGAUUUUUAAAGAAAGGUAAACCAGUAGAUGAACAGCUGAUUGUUGAUAUAUUAGUAGAAGCUAUCAGGAGAGUACCAGAAGGAACCGGUUGGUUAAUUGAUGGUUUCCCACAAAAUUAUAACCAAGCUAAACUAUUAGAGAAAGCUUUAAGUGGAUUUGAUGCUAAUGCUAAAGAAUCAACAAAAGAUAAGGCUAAAGGAAAGAUGAAGAGGUCAUCUUUAGUACCUGAUCCCCGUCCCCCACCUCCACCUGCGGAACCAACAAGUGGUAUAGAUGUUGUUAUUGUACUUGAUAUUGAUGAUAAAGUCUGUAUUAAGAGAGCUGCUGGUCGAACAUGUGCAAUUCAAGCUAAUGAACAGUUUCAUGAAGAGUUUAAACCACCCCCAGAUGGCAGUGCUACAGGUGUAGGUAAACAAGAAAAGGUUGUUCCUGUACAAGAUAUGGCUCAUGAUAUGGAACAGAUACAACAUAGAAUAACAGGUUUCGUAGAUUCAUGGCCUAAAUUGGAAAAGUGGUUUACAAGAUUUGGAACAUUAAAAAUAGUUGAUGCUGAAGCAGAUGAACGAACUGUUGUUCUAGAAGUUGAAAAAAUACUGGAAGAUACACUAAAUAGGCUACAAGGUAAAGAUAAAGAGAGUACACCAGCUGAAGAAAUACCAGUAGAAAAACCUGAAGAGAAACCAGAACCGCCAGCUCCAGUUGAACCUGUACCAGAACCACCUAAAGAACCAGAAACUCCUGCACCUAAAUCUAGACCUGGUUCUAGAGGUAGUAGAUCAGGUUCGGGUGGUAAGAAAUCUCCAUCGAGAACUUCAUCUAAAGAAUCACCAUCUAAAAAAGAUAAACGAGAGAAAAGUGAAUCACCAAAACGUAGCAGUAGUUCUAAAAAAUCAGAUACUGGAGGAUCUAAAAAAGGCAGCAGAGGGUCAUCUCCAAAAUCACCAAGCGCUAAACGUAAAUCAGGUAAAGGUAAAAAUAAAACACCGGAACCAGAACCAGAACCGGAACCUGAAAUACCUACAGGACCACCACCUCCUGAACCUGGGUCAGAAGAAUGGGAUUUUGUGGAUCAAAAUAUUGAAACUGAUUUGGCUGAAGUAUUGGCAACUCAUUGGGAAGCAGUUGAAAGUGCAUAUGUUGCUAAUAGUAAACAUGUCUUUAGAAAUAUUAGAGAUGAAAGGGAGAACAUUUGUCGGUAUUUCUUUCAAAUGAAGAAAGAUUACAUGUCAUAUUUACGAAGACCUGACCAUAAACAGGAAUUUGUUUCACAGUGGCAAAAGGAUUAUAAUGAAGUACCUGAUGAUAUUAGAGAAGAUGAAGAGACAAAAGCUGAACUCCAUCAAAGAGUGGAUGAUUUAAGAGAGAGAUUAUGGAGUAUCUGUGAUGAGAGAAAAGAGCAGGCUGAAAGAGAAAGGGAGACAAUCAUGAAUGAUGGUUGGUUAGAUGAUCGGAUGGGUGUUCUCAGUAAUCAUUACUUUACUCUCAUGCAGACUGAGGUGGAUAGAUUCCAGGAUACUGUUAGAUUGUUAAAAGAUUACUAUAGAGGAAUGGAUGGACAGAUACCAGAUGAGUUAAAUCAGAAUUAUGCCAGACUUCCACUGAUAGAGUUACCUGUAGAAAGACCAGAAUCUCCUGAUAAAGUCAGCGAAACCGCAUCAACGCCUCCAAUAACAGAUGAUCCUAUUACCUCUGCUAAAUCUGAACGAACCAAAUCUGCACGUGCAAAAUCACCCAGAGAAAGCCGCUCUAAAUCUCCGAAAGAUGGAUCCAAGUCCCCUAAAGAAUCGCGCUCCAAAUCUAGAACUCCUUCAGGCAAGCGUAGAAAUAAAAGUAAAGAAAACGAUAAGGAUAAAACAGCAGAUCCAAAUGCAAUGUUUGAUGCCGAUACAAACAGGAAAAGAAUUCCUCUGAUACCAAGACGCCCUCUUUCUCCUGAUAUUGAUGCUAAACCUGGUGCAGGAGGUAAAGAUAAGAAAGAUAAAAAAGCUGUAAAGAAAGAUGACGUACCUGGAGGAGAAAGUCCUGCUCCACCCGUUGAUCUGGAUGAGAAACUUAUCUUAGAUGCUGCUUCAUCUGCUGUAUCCUCUAUGGGACAAAUUAUGUCGGCUGAAAUGGCUGCAAAAGAAGCAGAAGAGGAAGCGGAACGACAAGCAGAAAUUGAAAGAGAAAAAGAACGAGAGCGAAUAAAGGCAGCAGCAAAAAAACCAGCCAAGAAGGGUAAAAGUCGAAGUCCUUCUCCAUCAAAGAAAAAUGCUAAGAAGGAUUCUGAGACAGCUACUACUACCACACCACCUCCAAGUGAAGAAAUGAGUGAAGAAGAAGCAAAGAAAAAAGAAAUAAAAGAAAAAAUGAGAGAAGAGUAUUACUUUGCUAUUGCUGAAGAGGAAAAUGCAGCUAAAACUCGUGUUGAAUUGAUCAAAGUUACUGCCAUGUUGGUUUUACAAGAUUUAAAGUUGAAAGGUGAAGAGUGCUAUAAAGAUAUGAAUGAUUGGCUUGGAGCUAGAUUUCUUAAAGAAAUGGAAAGUAUUGACCAACUAUCAGAAGCAAUGAGAUUUGGAAUUGAAGCCAAAGAAAAGAUCAAACAAGAAUUACUUUUAAAUCAAGAAGAUUUUAUGGUUAACCAGGAUCUUCAAGUAUUAAAGUCAUCAUCAAGUAUUUUAGAAGUACAACAGAAAGAACCACCUACACUUGAUCUAUUUACUGUUGAUCAACUUAAAAGUCUUUAUCAACAGUUUAUGUUAACAGCACCUAAUGGUGUGUUAUCCAGUAGAACUUUUGUGGAAACAUUUGAAACUAUUGUAUCUAUGAAUUUGUGGUUUGCUACUGAAAGUAAAGCAGAUGGUAAAUUUGAUAGAUUAGAUAAUUUAAAGAAAGUAUUAUUUGAUAUUUAUGGUAAUCUAACAAUAAACCCAGCUCGAUUAGAUUAUGUUAGCAUGUUGAUGUAUUUUAGUGCUGUACCCAAUUCUCAUGAAGGAUUUUUAAGAGCUUUAAGUGUUGCAUCUGGUCAUCAUAUGCCACGAUUAGCUAAACCCACUCUAUCAUCGUUACAACUAGAUCAGCCUGGUAUUAUAGAUGAUGGUACAUUACCUGAAGGUUUAGAAGUUGAGAAGGAUGACAGACAGGUGGAGCCACCUAUGACCAGAGAAAUUAUUCCUGAAGAAGCUUUAGAAGCUAAAGUUCCAAUAGAUUCUCUGUUUAAGGUAUUUCAUCACGGUGAGAGUACACAUGGUGAUAGUCAUAGAUAUAAUUUGGCUACAGAUCCAGAAGAAACUACGUCUAGGGAAAAGUUAGCAGCAGUGUAUGUGGAGUUAGGAAGUGAAGAUUUAGAACCAGUUUUAUAUAGAAUAUUAAUAGAACAUCCAUUAAUACAAGAUGCUGUUGCUGCUUGUAAAUCAUUUAAAGCAUUGGACAUUAGAGGCAUCUUGUCAAAUCCAGUGACAGACUACACUGAUGCAACAAGUACCAAAACAUUGGAAUAA